CCUCUCUCUCUCUCUCUCUCUCUCUCUCUCUCUCUCAUAUGGCUUCAUCAUCACACAAAUUCAAGGUGCUUGAACAACGUAAAAUCUCUCCACCACCCGGCUCAGUUCCUUCAACCACUCUACCUCUCACCUUCUUUGACAUACCUUGGCUUCUCUUCACUCCCUCCCAACCACUCUUCUUCUACGACUUCCCUCACUCCACCACCACCACCACCACCACCACCCUUCUGUCCAACCUCAAACACUCCCUCUCCCUCACCCUCCAAAACUUCUUCCCUCUCGCCGGAAAUCUGACGACUCCUCCACCACCCACCAAGCCCCACCUCAUUUACACCGACAGCGACUCCAUUUCCUUCACCGUCGUCGAGUCCACCGCCGAUUUCAACCACCUCUCCGGCCACCACCAAAGACAUGUCCAAGAAUUCCACCACCUUGUUCCCACCCUACCUCCAAGUGUGUCAGAUUCUGACCCACAUGUACACCCUCUCCUAGCUGUCCAAGUCACCUUGUUUUCCGAAUAUGGUAUUUGCAUAGGGUUCACAUUUCUCCACGUGGCGGCUGAUGGAAGGACAUUCGAUAACUUCUUGAAAUCUUGGGCCUCCAUUUGUAGAGUGGGACUAGACCCCAACCUGUUACCAAGCUAUGACAGGUCCGUGAUCAAAGAUCCAAAUGGGAUUGAGCCAAUUCUCUUGAAACAAUGGUGGUACCAAAGAAGUACUCGCGAAGAUCUCAUGGACCAAAAUGGUUCACGUUUAGAAGACAGGGUUCGAGCCACUUUCGUUGUGGGUCAACCCGAUAUGGAGAAACUCAAACAAUGGAUCUUGACCCGGUCCAAUAAGCUAUUCGGGUCAUACCCAUUGUAUCUAUCUCCAUAUGUGGUAACUUGUGCAUGUAUAUGGGCAUGUUUGACUAAAAUUCGCUGUUCCAACAUCAAAAGCCUAAGUAAAUUAGAUCCACAUUAUUUUGGUUUUAUUGCAGGUGGUAUGACCCGGUUGGGUUAUGCUGUACCCGAUACAUAUUUGGGUAAUUGUGUCUCGUUUGGUCGAUCCAUGGCAAUGGGAAGUGAGUUAAUGGGAGAAGAUGGGAUUUUGAUUGCGGCGAAAGCCAUUGGAGACACAAUUAAGAAGUUGAAUGGGGCAGUGUUGGGAGGUGCAGAGAAUUGGAUUUCGGAUUGGGAGGAGUUAUUUGGGUCGGAUCUCCAUGUGAGGGUUACCGGCUCACCAAAGUUGGAUCUAUAUGGGUUGGAUUUCGGGUGGGGCAGACCCAGGAAGAUUGAGGAAAUUGCAAUUGAUAGAACACAUGAAGUUUCUCUUACUGAGAGUAGAGAUGGGGAAGGUGGCAUGGAGGUUGGUUUGGUACUCCCUAGGGCCAAAAUGGAUGCCUUUGGUUCUCUCUUCAUAAAAAGUUUCAAUGGUCUUAAAUGAGAAAAUGUUAUGUAAAUAAAAUUUUUGAAUGUGCUAUUUUGUAAUUAUUUCAUUUCAAAUUAAAACAUUUUGUAUUGUUUGUCAUCCUCUAAAAAAGUCAAAAAAGUUAUUAUUCUAUUU